AAAUUUUGUUAGCCUAUGUAAAUUUAGGGAAAAAUGCUUAGAGAAACAACACUGAAAUGCAUUGUUGUUGUGCAAUGUUACUAAACAGCUGAUAAUCAGCUGUAACCUACCGCCUGGUCUUUUCUCCCGGUUUUCAUUAUCCAGUGGUCAAGUAUUCCAAAAAACAUGAACUACAUUAGGAAUGGUCGGAGGAUACUACUCGCCGGCAUAUUACCGGGUGUACCGGGAGAUCCAACUGGAAAUGAUGCGCUUUCUAAAGAUACAAAAACAUACAAGGCUUACCUGCAAAACAAACCGGACUUGAAUGAAACUGGAUGGGAUCGACUCAAAGAUAUGUUUAAAAUUGAUGAAUUUGGUAGUAUUUCUUCAGAACUGAAUUCGAUUUAUCAGGCUGGAUUUUUGGGCUUUCUAUUUGGUGCUAUUUACGGUGGUGUUAUACAAUCCAGAAAUGCGUAUUUGAAUUUCAUGGAAAGUAAUCAAGCUACAGCAUUCAAAUCACAUUUAGAUGCUAAGCGUAAAUUGCAAGAUGCCGUAACCGUAAGUUUCGCGAAAGGAGGAUUUAAGUGGGGCUGGCGUAUUGGGCUAUUUACAACCUCAUAUUAUGGAAUAAUUACCUGCGUUUCAGUUUAUCGGGGAAAAUCGUCAAUUUAUGAAUACGUUGGAGCAGGUUUAAUUACUGGUAGUUUAUAUAAAAUGAGUUUAGGCUUAAGAGGCAUGGCCGCAGGAGGUAUUAUUGGUGGUGUGCUGGGAAGCGUAGCUGGUGUGGCAUCUUUAGCGCUUCUUUAUGCGUCCGGUACAUCCAUGGAAGAGAUUCGCUAUUGGCAAUACAAAUGGCGUAUUGAUCGUGAUAACAUGAUUCACCAAGCUAUGAAGAAACAAGAGGACGAUGCAUACAACACUCCUGAAAUUUUCAAAGAUCACGAUCAGAAAGUGGGUGAAAAUGUAACACUGGAUCCCAUCAAAUAAAAAAUAAUAAAUUUGAAUUAAGUUUUUUCCGUUCUUGUUGUUAAAUAGUAAAAAUUUAAAUAUCUUUAUACUUGUUAAAGGUAUAUUUAAUUAAAAAUACAUUUCUUUUGUAUAUUGCAAUUGCUAGACGUUUAAAUACAGCUACAUACAUAUGUAUAUUGAAGACAAAA